AUGCCUGCAAUACUGUCUAAUGAUGACAGUGAAUAUUCAAAUAAGAGUACUGAAUCAGAGGAUAAGGAUACAGAGUCAAAUAGAAGUGAAGCGUCAGAAGAUGCACUUGAGUUUAUUGAAAAGCAGGAAGAUAUUAGUUCAACAAAUGAAUGGAACGAAGUUAAAGCCAUAAAUGAAUUAAAUGAAGAUACUAUAAAUAAAUUAAGUGAAGAUACUAUAAGCGAAUUAAAUGAAGAUAUUAUAAGUGGAGAAUCAGAUUUUAAUGAUCAUCCUGCUGUUGCAUUAAAUGCUAAGUGGAAAUUAGCAACUCUUUUUAAUAGAAACAGUUUUAAACAUCCACCUUAUAUGAAUUUAUUAACACAAUAA